CAGACUGCAUCUUCCUGGAUAAAGUGCCUUCCUGAAAAUGAGAGGAUCUGGGGAAAGUCUUCUUCUGACUGGUUGAAUUCCUCAAGGGUUUCAUUAGCAGCCCUGCGAGAGUGUCAUGGUGGACAGGAUCUCUUGGUCCGCUCUAAAAGAAGAUGGGUCCUGUCUACAUUUGAACUACAAGAGGAAAUGGAUGUGAAGUAUCCACAUGAAAUUUCUCAGAUGUUUAAUGACCAGACACCAGGAAGAAACGCUGCAUUUCAGAUAAGUGGAGAAGGUGUUGAGGAGGGAUUGUUCUCCAUUGAUGAAACAAGUGGAGUUGUCUUUGCACACAAACCCGUCGACAGAGAGAAGAAGGAUAUGUACCAUAUCCAGUUCGAUGUCUGGGACUUAAGCACCAACAAAAAAAUAGACAAGGAACUAUCUUUUGAUGUGGCAGUAAAGGAUAUAAAUGACAACGCACCUCAGUUCAUCAACCCUCUAAAAGCUGCCAAUGUGAAAGAAAAUAUGGAGGAAGGGUACCUGCCAGUGAUACUAGAGGCCAAAGACAUUGAUCAGGAAGACUCCAAUAAUUCUAUGAUCACUUUCAGUGUGACUUCACAGACACCUAAAGAACCAAAGAUUGAGGCACAUCGGCUGGAUAACAGAAUGGUCCACCUCAGAUUUAAAGGAUGCUUUGACUAUGAUAAAGCAAAGCAGUAUAAAAUUACUGUUGAAGCAAAAGACCAUGGAACACCGCAACUUUCCUCCACUACAAAUGUUAUCCUCAAUAUCGAUGAUACAAACAGUCACCCGCCAGUGUUCAAGCAGAGAAAGUACGAAACUGAGGCAUGGGAAAUGAAAAAACAAGAAAAUCUUUUGAGAUUUGGGGUAGAGGACAAAGACACUCCUAAGACUAAUGGAUGGCGUGCCAAGUAUUUCUUCGUCAGCGGAAAUGAGGAGGAAAUCUUCAAACUUGAAACUGACCCAGAAACAAAUGAAGGUAUCCUCAGUAUCAUCAAGGAGAAGAAUUAUGAGAUAACCACUUUGGUCAACCUGACGAUUGGAGUAAAGAACGAUGAAACCUUAUGUGUUUGCAAAGACGGGAAAUUAACUUGUGAUCCAAGUACGCUUCCACCUCCAGACUCAAUCAAAACUACAGUAAGAAUGAUUGAUACCAAUGACCCACCAGAGUUUGAGAAACGUACAGCUGAUAUUUACCUGAAGGAAGAAACAGAGCCAGGAAAGGUGCUGUUUACUCCAAACGUUCAUGAUGUGGACUCUACAAAAAUCAGAUUUGUGCUGAUAGAUGAUCCAGCUGACUGGGUGUCAGUUGAUGAAACAACAGGAGAAAUUACAUCAGUUAAGAAGAUGGACAGGGAGUCGCCCUUUGUUGGUGCAAACAAUGUUUACAAAGUUGCUAUUGCUGCCAUUGAUAAUGGUGAACCUCCAGCCACAAGCACAUGCACCGUCAACAUUUACCUCAAGGAUAUCAAUGACAAUGUUCCUAAACUGGUCAACAACAGCUUCAUUAUGUGUGGAAACAGAGAUAAGAAAGUUAUGGUGUCUGCCCAUGACGCUGAUGCUGAUCCUUUCAGUGGGCCUUUCUCCUUCUCCUUGGACGAUGAUGGAACACUGAAGCAGACCUGGAAACUAGACCCUGCCUAUGGUGAACAAGGCGGCCUUGUAAUGCUGAAGGCGCUUCCCUAUGGUAACUACUCAGUGCCGCUGUCCAUUCAGGACCAACAGAACUUGAUUUCACGUGAGACUCUGGAUGUGGUUGUGUGUGAAUGUGAAGAAGGUGAUAUUUGUCGUGAUAAAUUGACACGUUCAUCUGGCCUUGGAGACGCUGCCAUUGGACUAAUUAUUGCUGGACUGCUUUUACUUUUGCUACUCCUUCUCGUUUUGGAAUGUAAAAAUAUAAAGAAGACAUUUGAAUACUUGGAUAAAGAUGAGGGCAACCAAACACUUAUCAAGUACAACCAAGAAGGAGGAGGGGCUGAAUGCAAGGCUGAGCCCAUUCUGUUGACGCCAACAAGUGAUGUAACUGUGACAGAUGGCAUUAAACAGGGCUACAUCAUGCAGAAGUCCCGGAUGGCUCCAGUUAUGACCUAUGAGGAAAGUUACAACACAGGAGUUAACACAGCAAACUAUAACACGCAGUCGUUGAGUAUGCAUCGUCAAAGAGACUCUCACAGAAGCUUUGAGGAGCAUUCCAAGUCGAUGACAUGGGCCAGUAACAGGAGCCACACCUACCAGGGCAACUCAUCAAAUUGCCAACACUCUUCAAGCCUGUGGUCAGAUCAACGCAUUGAAGGUCAACUCAACAGGAAACUUUCUAUCAUCAAUGGCAACCAAGCAGACCAGGCAGUUUAUCAACCAUUCAGCUAUGCUUACGAGGGGCAGGGCAGCAGAUGCCAGUCACUGGAUGAGUUGUCGCUCAGCAACCUGGGGGAUGAUUUGCACUUUCUGGAAGAUCUGGGGCCAAGCUUCAGGACCUUAGGAAGAAUCUGCCACCAGACAAUGCAAGGAAAAAACAUCCAGCUUUAAAGUUUGCUGCUUGAAUGCAACUUUCAUAACAAGUUUUUCCUACUAGCUUCUCAUUGAACUGGACAGAUUCAGACAUUUGCAGAGAUGAUUAAUGGCUGGAUUUUGUACUGUUGUGUUAUGCACACAUACUUUAAUUCAGGUAUUUUACUUGCUUUUGUCCAUAUAAAAACAAAAAUUAUGUAGCCUGCAUUUUCUUUUGGUUUCAGUGUUUUUAUGCUGGUGGUUUAUUAAAUGUGACAGGAUACAAUACAGGUGGUUGGUGCCUCGUCAAAGCACUUUUUUUUUUGUUUGUUUUUUUUUUGUGCUCUUCAUGGGAGAGUAUUACUUUAUAACUUGUGUGCAGUUUAUGUUUGGAAACUGGGAUAUUUCAUGAAACCUAAUGUGCUGUUUCUGUAGUUUGUUAAUGACGUUGUAAGGUUGUAUAAAUAACACUGUGCAUGCUACAGUUUCCUUUUUAUGUCUAAAAAAAAUAUUUGUCUUAUUUGCAGCUUUGUAAAAGGAAAUAAGAUAUCAUACAAACAAAAUAGAGCACUGACAUGCAGUAUUAAAAGUAUGCCAGGGAUAAUGUACAUAAUACAUAUGAUAAUGUAGCACAUGAUAAUUCUGGUAUAUUUCUUCCACUGGAGGUUUACAUGAAAUAAACAAAUCAGGCCAUU